GCCCGUCUAUCCUCGGGUGGGGAAGAAGCUAAGACAGCUUCCAAAACUCCAACUUUCUCCACGAGAGUGCUCAUUUAUACAUUAUUUUGCCAGGUUGUCAGAUAUAAAGUUGCUAUCAUGAUGAAUACUGUCAAAUGUAUGAGGCCCAGAGUCUCCCAAUUCAGACCGUCGUCGCUGCCAAGAGUAACACGUCCUUUCUCAGCAUCAGCGAAACAGCAGUAUGAGCUUAUCCUCACAUCUGAGCCACGCCCGGGCGUUGCACAAAUUACCCUCAACCGCCCCAAGGCACUCAAUGCCCUCUCCACCCCCAUCAUAACCGAACUCAACCACGCCCUGCGCGAGUUCCAAGCCUCCCCCUCCGUCCGCGCCAUCGUCCUCACCGGCUCCGAGCGCGCCUUCGCCGCCGGCGCAGACAUCAAAGAGAUGGCCCCCCUCACCUUCUCCAAAGCCUACACCGAGAAGUUCAUCGAGUCCUGGUCCGACCUGACCACCUUCCUCACCAAGCCCCUCAUCACCGCCGUCUCCGGCCACGCCCUCGGCGGCGGCUGCGAGCUCGCUCUCAUGGGAGAUAUCCUCUACUGCACUGAGACCGCGAACUUCGGACAACCCGAAAUCAAGCUCGGCACGAUUCCUGGAGCCGGCGGUAGCCAGCGCCUCACUGCUGCGGUGGGCAAGGCGAGGGCUAUGGAGCUGAUCCUCACUGGAAAGAGCUUCAGCGGGGUGGAGGCUGAGAAGUGGGGCGUGGCGGCGAGGAGCUUCAAGGACUACGAGGCGCUCAUCACGGCGGCGCUGGACACGGCCGAGACGAUUGCUGGGUACAGCAAGGUGGCUGUGCAGGCGGCUAAGGAGGUGGUGAACAAGAGCCAGGAUUUGACGCUGAGGGAUGGUAUUGACUACGAGAGGCGUGUGUUUCACAGCCUGUUCGGCAGUGAGGAUCAGAAGAUCGGGAUGAAGGCGUUUGCGGAGAAGGCGAAGCCGCAGUGGGUGGACCAGUAGGGUGGAUGCUGGAGAGAUGUAUACUACUGUCCGGACGCUGCUGGAUGCCGCAUGGAACCAUUUAUUAGCCAAUGAUGCAGCCACUGAUCUUGUGAGACCAUAUAUGAUGGUGUAGCCUAUAAAAGUGAGAAUCUGCGCUCAAUGCUAGCGUUACUAGUAGCGCUAGCAAUAUGCGUAGGAGGGACUAUAAAUACGGAAGCUGCGAGCGUUACUGCCAGCGUUACUGUGAAGCGUUACUGUUGGCAAUAUGCACAGGAUGGGCUAUAAAAACGGGGAUUUGCGUUACUGUCGAACGUUACUGUGAACCGUUCGUUACCAUUAGCAAUUUGUGCAGGAUGGGCUAUAAAAAGGGAAACCUGAGCCGAACCAAACCAGCGUUACUAGUAACGCUGGCGUAUAUUUGCGCAAAACGGGCUAUAAAAUCCGGAAUCUGCGCCAAAUCCCCUAUUCUAGAAUAAGCCCAUAUUACUCAGCGCAGCUUCUAUUAAUUACAUAAAGCUCUCGGUUGCUGGAUUGCUUGAUAGGCGGGACACCGUUAGUGCACAGUUGCUGGAUUGCUUGAUAAAGGCGGAGUCUGGCGUCAUCCGGCCGGCGGGAAUAACGUACGUGCGGG